AUGUAUGAGGAGCUCGAUAGUGCAAGCGUCGAUGAGCGUGUUCAUUGGAUGGGUGGCCAAAAAUUUAUUAUCACGAGCUGGUCCCGGCUGCAUCUACUCGUACAGUCAGUCCGCCCGCCCCCGUACCGCAAGGUGGACGUGGAGUGCGCGGAGGCCGGGGACAGCAAGCCGCACGUCACCGCGCACAACCUGUGCGGCGACCUCAACCGCGGGGACAUACCGCGCAACCCUAUGGGGCAGAGCGUCGACGGGGAGCCCUACCCCUUAGCGUCGACGGGGAGCCCUACCCCUUGUGAGUACACCACACUACACAACCUGUGCGGCGACCUCAACCGCGGGGACAUACCGCGCAACCCUAUGGGGCAGAGCGUCGACGGGGAGCCCUACCCCUUAGCGUCGACGGGGAGCCCUACCCCUUGUGAGUUCACCACACUACACAACCUGUGCGGCGACCUCAACCGCGGGGACAUACCGCGCAACCCUAUGGGGCAGAGCGUCGACGGGGAACCCUACCCCUUAGCGUCGACGGGGAGCCCUACCCCUUGUGAGUACACCACACUACACAACCUGUGCGGCGACCUCAACCGCGGGGACAUACCGCGCAACCCUAUGGGGCAGAGCGUCGACGGGGAGCCCUACCCCUUUGAAUUAAUCCGCAACCAUACGCUGCGGUUCUUGUCGCGCGCUCUGCCCGCGCUCCGCAACGACGACUCCCUCCCGCGCGUCACUCGCCUGCCCGCCACGCCCACGCCGACCCGCCCCGACCCCGGAUACAUACAGCACAACGGCCCGCCCCGACCCCAGAUACAUACAGCACAACGGGUAACUGCACACACACUACAUGACACUACAGACGACACCACUCCCCCCGCGUCACCCGCCCGCCCCGACCCCGGAUACAUACAGCACAACGGCCCGCCCCGACCCCGGAUACAUACAGCACAACGGGUAACUGCACACACACUACAUGACACUACAGACGACACCACUCCCCCCGCGUCACCCGCCCGCCCCGACCCCGGAUACAUACAGCACAACGGCCCGCCCCGACCCCGGAUACAUACAGCACAACGGGUAACUGCACACACACUACAUGACACUACAGACGACACCACUCCCCCCGCGUCACCCGCCCGCCCCGACCCCGGAUACAUACAGCACAACGGCAGUUGUACUAGAGAAUCAAAAGUCGUGCUCAAGCGCUUUUACUACAGCUCAUAUUCUUUGGGAUGUGGGACGGAGACUUGGAGAGAUGCCAACAUGCAUCUGGUGCCCAAAACAGGGAAUCGCUCAGACUUGGUCAACUACCGGCCAAUAGCAGUCACCUCAGUAAUAAGUAGUCCUAGAAAAGCUUCACCUAUCGACAAGCGUGGCAAGUCGUUGGCUAUCGACCUUUACAUUGCCAAGGCGUUUGACAGGGUCUGGCACAAAAGCCUUGUCUCCAAGCUUCCGGCAUAUGGUCUGCCAGCCCAGUUCUGUUCCUGGGUACCCGACUUCCUGCAUGAAUUAGAGGAGCGCAGCAAACGGUCGGCCUCCGCGGAGACGGAGUCGCAGCAGCUCCGCGCGGAGCAUCGCGGGGCGCAGUCGGCUCGCGGCGCGCGCGACGGGAGGAAGUUCUGCGACGGAGGCGGCGUGUGA